AGCUAAUCAAUAUGGCAGUAAAUGAAAGUUGCACGCUUUGUAUGAAGAAUGCAUAAAUGUGAUUUAUGAGCACAUAAUAAUAGUUUAUGCAUAAUGGCAUAGAAUAGUAAAAGUCAGAACCAUGCCCUCAGCUCUGUGGGGUAAUGCAUAGUAUGACCAUUUCCUUUCUUUUGUUCCCUCCAUUGAGAUAAAAGGAUUCUUCCUGCCUUUGUCUUUCCAAAAUUUCAAAACAAAAGUUGUUUUUAUGUGAUAUUUGCUUGAUCCCAGAAGAAAAGCAUAUCUAAUUCAAAAUUUGAUGACCAGGUAUGUUUGUGUUUUAAUCAUUUUGAUCACUUUCGGAACACGAGUUCACAUGUUUUAAUAAAUUUAUGGGUUAUGCCAGUGGCUUUAUAGCUUCCCAGCAGAAAUCAACUCUAGCAACUGGAGCUGGUUGUUCAAAUGAUGAAAACUUGCUUGAAUGCUCUCCUUCAUUUUGUGAUUUAGAGAAACAAGUUUUUGGAUGUGAACAUUACAAGAGAAAUUGCAAACUCCGAGCUGCUUGUUGUGGCAAGUUAUUUACAUGCAGAUUUUGCCAUGAUAAAGUCAGCGACCAUUCAAUGGAUCGGAAGGCUACAACUGAAAUGAUGUGUAUGCAGUGCUUGCAAAUUCGGCCUGUUGGACCAGUAUGCAAAACGCCUUCCUGCAAGGAGUUCUCAAUGGCAAAGUAUUAUUGUAGUAUUUGCAAAUUUUUUGAUGAUGAAAGGGAAGUUUAUCAUUGUCCUUUCUGCAACUUAUGUCGCGUUGGAAAGGGACUUGGUACUGACGUGUUUCAUUGCAUGACUUGCAAUUGUUGCCUGGGAAUGAAAGUCCCAGAACACAAAUGUUGGGAGAAAAGUCUGGAGAUAAACUGUCCCAUCUGUUGUGAAUUUUUGUUCACAUCUAGUGCAACUGUGAGACCUCUUCCUUGCGGCCACUACAUGCAUUCAUAUUGCUUUCAGGUUGGUUCUUUUUCAUAA